AUGAAAGAUUGUCAUGAUGGCUUCAUUGAAUGUCCAGAUGAUAUCCCUCUGAAAGAAGCCGGCAGCUGUGAUAUAAGCGAUGAUGAGCGUAUCGUAUAUCCUACAACUGUCAAAUUCUUCCCUAUCCUUAUAGGACUAUGCUUACAAGCCUUUUGUUCCGCGUUGGAUAAUACUAUCCUCGCGACAGCAGCACCCAAGAUAACAGAGCAGUUCAACUCCCUCGAAGACUUCUCCUGGUACGCAAGUGCAUAUCUCCUGACUUCAUGUGCGGUUACCCUCCCUUUCGGAAAGACCUACACGUACUAUUCGACAAAAUGGACAUAUAUCAUUGCUCUUGUGAUUUUCGAGAUCGGAUCCUUGGCGUGCGCUGCUACACCAACAUCCAAGGGUCUGAUUUUUGGCAGAGCACUUGCUGGAAUUGGAUCUGGGGGGCUUGCGCCUGGUGCCCUUUUGGUUCUUGCCAACAGUGUACCAGUCCCACGACGCGCGCUUUAUUUCGGAAUAAUCGGAAGUAUGGGUGGGAUUGCGACUGUGACCGGACCACUAAUUGGUGGAUUAUUGACAGAUCAUGUCAGUUGGCGAUGGUGCUUCUAUAUCAACAUUCCGCUGGGAGCGAUCACUGCUUUGUUCAUUAUAAUAUUCUUCAAAGACACUGGAAACACCAAAACCCUUGAGCCGGGAAAAAUGAACAAGGUCAGGAAGAUGGACCCAAUUGGAAUCAUGCUUUUCAUACCCGCCAUUCUCUCAAUUCUAUUGUGCUUGCAAUGGGGUGGUACAAAAUACGAUUGGGGAAAUGUGCGAGUAGUCGUGCUUUUCGUUCUGUUUGGCGUCUUUCUCGCAGGAUGGUGCUACGUGCAGUACAGGAAACAAGAGGAAGCGACAGUUCCUCCUCAUAUACUAUCAAACCGUAAUGUGAUCGGUGCUGUCAUCCACGCUAUGUUUCUCGGUGGCUCCUUUUACGUUUUUGGAUACUAUCUUCCUAUAUGGUUCCAGGCCACCGAACAGACCUCUGCAUCCGACUCUGGAAUCAACAAUCUUCCAAUGGUAGUAUCAAUGAUCGUGUGUUCAGCGGUGGGAGGUCUAGUCGUCAACAUGCUCGGGUACUACACACCAUUAAUGUUCCUAGGCAGCGCCCUUCUCACGAUCGGCUCCGGACUUUGUACAACCUUCCAAGUUCAUACUGGACGCGAAAAGUGGAUUGGAUAUCAAGUGAUUAUAGGGAUCGGCGCAGGUCUUGGAUUCCAGCAGUGUAUCAAUUGCUUACAGACUGUCUUACCACUAAAGGAUAUUCCAAUUGGUAUUGCAGUCAUCACAUUCGCGCAAAGUCUCAGUGGGGCGUUAUUCAUUUCCAUUGCCGAGAACGUCUUCCAGAACCGAUUGGUCGCCAGUAUUACCGACUAUGCCCCUGAAGUCAACCCUGCAGCUGUUAUCAAGGCCGGUGCAGCAAACCUAUCACGCAGCUUUUCGAGUGAGGUUCUUCCCUCGGUGUUGCAUGCUUAUAAUGUUGCUGUUACACAGACUUUUUAUGUCUCUGUGGCUUCUGCGACACUUUCGCUCAUUGGUGCUGGACUUGUUCAGUGGAAAUCUAUGAAGCAAACACAGAAGUAUGCGUGA